AUGCACUUCAGUCGGUGUUGAAAAACUUUCAGUGUUGGAUUCGCAAACGAAAAGCCGCUCGGAAGUCAGACGCAAAUUCAAUUUCGACAGGAUUUCUUCUGGCGAGAAUUUCCCUUCGAUGAAAUGACCGAGUCAUCGAGGAUCUUCGCCUCGUCGCCAGGGUAGCGGGAAGGAGCGCUCACCGUCGGCAGGGAUGCGGAGCCGUCCACCGGCAGCUUGGCUCGCCAUCCUCACCACUUUUGCGGCAAUCGCAGCAUGUUACGAGUUGCGGUACCCGCCGGAAAUCGUCGCCCUUGGAGACGAUCUGCGCAUUGAGGUGUACAACGUGACCUGGCCGGCGGUGGCCGCGACCAACGCCACCGCCGGCCCUGACCUCCUUCAGCCGCCGACCCAGGACACGAUCGAGUUGCUGCUCGGCAAGGACGACCCAAAGCCAAGGGCGCUGGUCAAGGUCGGUUUGCGGCAAGGCCAAGGGGGCGGCGCGCCAGUUGUUUACUUUCCGUGCAAACUCUUCUGGCACGGCGGCGCCUACUUCCUCAGGUACAACAAUGGCUCCAGCGUGGCGCCGCUCGCUGUCAAGUGGUACAAUGUCACGCUGCUCAACGUCACCGACCAACUUAUCCAUACAUUCCAGGACAGCGUGAGCUUCAAAGUGAAAUUCUCUUGGCUGACGUGUCCGGAAUCGGCGUCCUUGCUGAGCGCGCACAAAGAAGAGGGCGUAGCGUUUGCCAACACGACGCAUCUGCAGCUGCAACUUGUUUUCUGCGGACACUCGACGGACGGUUGCGUCCCUGGCCGCAACCGCUCGCAGUUGCUGCAUUCGGAGGUGAUUUGGCCGGAUGCGGAGAGACCGCUAGACGUCCACCUGUCUUGUGAUCUGUUUGGACAGGCUGGGCGGUACCUGAUUUGGAUCCUGGGCUUUGGAGAAGGCCAGCCAAAAGGUAAUGGAUCGCUUUUAGUGCAAUCUCGAGCGCUUCGCGUUGAGUGGAGUGACAAAUUUGUUUUCAACGUUUUCGCCCGGAGCAUUUUCCCCUGUGAUAUGCUGCCGUCCGCUUCUAUUGUUGGCGGAGGCAGUCGUGGUGACAGAAACAUCACGGUGUUGUUCACCUACCCGGAUUGCAUCCUGCCAGACUCAGACCGGGUGCGGGUGUUCGCGCGCAAAGAGUCCGCCAUGUCCUCGGUGGACCCGACCAGUCUGAUCUACGUCACGGAGCAGCGGGUGACCAAGGGCCAGCACAGCGCCGCCUUCCCGUGUUCGCUUUUCACAGAGAAUUACCUCGAGUACUGCUUUGUGUACGUGAGCGGCGCCAAAAGUGGCGCUGCCAGUGACGUGCGGGUCGACUGCGUGCCCACCCUGCCCAUCGGCGAUUCGGCUGCUGGUGCGUGGGGAAGUUGGAGUUCGUGGACCACCUGUUCCUCCACUUGUGGUUACGGCGUGCGGAACAGAUACCGCUUCUGCGACUCGCCGCCCCCGAGGUACGGCGCAAAGUUUUGCGAGGGUAAAUCACUAGAGUCAGAGCAGUGCACCAACCUUUCCCCAUGUGCAGACGGCUCCGGCUGGACGUCCAUGACCCCUGGUGCGCCUCUUCCUGCCGAAAACGACCAGGUCCAGGCUGAGGUUGGCUCUGGCUGUCGGUGCGGCUGCGUCAUCCACCUGAAUUCGGUCAAACCACGUCGGCUUCUCGCCGCCUCUUCCCAAAGUUGUCCGGGCCGCACCUUCUGGCUGGUGCAGUCGGACGAGGACGGACAAGUCGUCGACCUGGAGGUCGACCACUUUCGGCUGGCCUGUGAAAAGCAGUGGCUCAAGGUGCGCGACGGUGACUCUCUGGCCGCCAUCAUGGUCGCGCACCUCACUGUGGACACGCAGACCAACCGUCCGGUGAAGGCUCUUGCGUCCGGACGUUCCCUGCUGCUCGAGUUUUACUCCGAGAUUGAUCCAGACAGCGGCACCGAGUGCAAGGGAGGCUUUUUGGCCCACGCACAGCAGAGGACGGCACCAGUGCACAACUCGAGCGUUCCCCUUCUGUCUGGAAUCGGCAUUGGCGACGAAGACGACGCCCUGGACCUGCAGGGUCCGUUCCGGGUGGCCACGCACCUGGUAGCGGUCGUCUUCAUGGCCGUCGUGGUGCUCAUGUCGUGCCUCUUGCUGGUGCAAUACGUCGUGCGUUACCACAAGUACCAGCGAACUGCCGGCGCCGAACCCAUUUCGCCGUGCCACAGCAUCGGUGGGAGCAUCGGCAGCAGGUUCACGUCGAGCACGACUCUGUCCGAAAUCAUCUCCCUGCGCCACUUUGGCGGCGGCAGACGAGGCACCAAGCACGAGCGACUCAAGGAGGAGAAAGUGCUGGAAAUAAAGGCUCCAAAAGCGGCUUUGGAGGAGGACGAUGAGGUGUGCGGCUCAAUCGAAUCGCUGCCGGAAAAGUACGAGGAGGACUGCCACGAGAAGGAAAACGAAAAUUCCGACUCGGAGAGGAAACCUCUCACGCCCAAGGUCCACCGGAAACCGCACUACUCGCCUAACAAAAAGCGCAAAGCCAAGCAAAAGCUGAGAUUGCAGAAGUCAAACAUCAGUCCUGUCAAGGAAGAUACGCCUAAAAUUAAAACAGAAUCGCCAAACUCGUCCGAGUCAGUGCAUAUCACUGUCCAACGAACCCCACCAGUGGCCAAGGCGAGUAAAGAAAAGCAGAACAGGGCCAAAUGUUUGCUUCAGAAAAAGGGUGGUGUCGCCCGACCAACCCUGUUGCCAUCGCACGCAAGGGUGCUGCAGGCAGGCAGCUCAGAAUUUUCCCUCACCGGCACGGAGAGCGAGAUGGAAAUGGAUUAUUACGACUACAAUGUUCAGAACGCCAGCGCAGUCCCUGGCUCUUAUUUGGGCAUGGACCCGGCCUACCUGGUGUGGAUUCCGCCAGCAACUCCCACAGGGUCUGUCGAGGGAGACGACGAUGUGACCGUCGUCUUUAACAACAAGGACGAGGGCAUUACUGCCUCCGGGGAGGUGGUCAAGCUGCAGACGUUGGCAGGCGAGGUUGACAUUGAUGAGGAAAUCAAGUAUGCUGAUGACGACGAGGAGGACGAGGCGUGAUUUUUUAUUGAAUGUGAUUUCUUUUUAAAGCAGGAAUGAAAUGAGACAAAAAUUUACGUUUGCUUUUGCUGCGGAAAAUUUUUAAUGAUCUCUCUGCAGAUUUUAAUUUUACAAUUUGACCCACCGUUGAUGUACAACCACACAUUAAGUUUUGAUUCCCCCCUUUUUUUAAAGAAAUUUAAUGUCAGAAUGUAUACAAUUUGCUGCAUUGGUGUGAUUAUUUUUUAAUUUUAUCUGGUAGGAUCAUUACAUAAUAAUUGUGUUUACUCGAAACUGGUAUAGCUGAAUAGUCUGAUGUAACAAAAAUCAAAAAGCAACAAACUCACUCCCAGUUGAAAAAUUGUUUUGUACUUUUGUUGAGACUGUUCUAGUUUGUGCGAGUUGGAUGAUUACUAUGUGAUUACAACGGGAUAAUUCUCGCGAGACUGUAGAAUGCUAAUUUUAAGAUGACGUUACUUGUCUGUUUACAUGGCAGCUUGAUUUGGCUAAAAAUCAACAACCCCCUUUUAAAGCAUAAUGUUCAAAUUCGGCUCAAAAUUUUCACCCAUAUCAAUUGAACCCAAGAAUUGACGAGUUAAAAGACCAGUUCUGUAACUGGAUGUUUAUUCUUCUAGUCCCUUACCUCAACUUAGUAUUGUACUCGAGAGGCAUGAGUGUCGAUAGUAAAAGGAACUUAUAUACUAUGAAUGUAACUCUAUCCCAUCAUUAUUGUACAGAACUGAAGAGAUUAAUAAAAAUGUA